UCGAUUUCGUCUGUUCAAACUGCAGCCGUACGUUUUGACUCUGGAGGACGUCCUCCCCGCCACAGGCAUGUGGGUGAGAUUAUCAUCACCAAACGAGAGAGACGGCCGCCCCACUCUCUCAGCCCUGCUUCACUGUCGGGUGUCUCAGAGCGGCGAGGGCUCUGGGGGGGGGCCGCUCAGAUGGACGGGGGUCCCACGCCGAGGACCAGGACGCUGCUGCUCGUGGUGUUUCUGUUCACCUGCACAGACUGGCUGCAUGGAAGCCAAAUCUCAGACGUGGACCGCCGUCUUCGCUGUGUCAAUGACUACCUGUUCACUGUCAGCUGCACUCUGAGCCUCACAGCAGGGAACCUCAGCUCCUACUGGCUCCACUUCACUGAAACAUUCGACGAGAGACACUAUGAGUGCCAGCUGACCAAAACCAACAGUGAUUAUUUCUGUACCUUUCAAACGCCAAACGACUUGGACACGUUUUCAGAAACCGACACUUACGAGAUCUCGCUUUGCGCCGACCGAGAGGACGAGUCCCUCGAGUGUGAGCUGCUGGACGACGACUACGUGCCCAAGGAGAACAUCCGGCCGAACGCGCCCUGCUGCCUCGCAGUGAGCCACAACUCCAGCCGCUACCACUUCACCUGGAGCAGCACCUACGAGGACGAGAGCCCGUACAGCGACCUGCCGGCCGACCUGCAGUACGAGCUCCGGCUCAGCGAGGGGGCGGACAAGGUGAUUUGGCAUAAUCUCAGCUCCGAUCGGACACACGUCUCGGUGCUGGACGAGAGGUUUGUGGCGGGAGCCGAGUACAGCGCCAGAGUGAGGAGCAGCCCCAGCCAGUUCAUCUACAUGGGACAGUGGAGCGACUGGUCCCCCGAGCUCCACUGGAGGGCCGCGAAGAGCGCUGCUCCUUCAGAAGAUCCUCCAGGAGGCGAGUUUCUCUCCGACCUGGGGAAGAAGGUGUUCAUUCCGCUGAGUGUGAUCGUGCUCCUCGUCCUGCUCCUCGGCUGCGCUCCUGUUAAAAAGUGGAGGCGCAGCGUCUUCAUCCCGACCCCGGCGCCGUACUUUGACACCCUGUACAGCGAAUGUAAAGGAGACUUUAAGAGCUGGGCGGUGGUCCCGGACAGCCCGGCGGACCUGCUGAAAGCAGAGGAAACGCUCCACAUCGACACCGUCGUCAAGUGUGUGGACGCCCGGGUCGUGGAGGACGCUCCGUGUCUGUACCUCCAGCCGCUGGAGGAGGAGGUGGAGGAGGAGGUGGAGGAGGUGCACACAUACAACAACGUGAGCGUGGCGGCGCGCGACGCAGCUCUGCUGGGCCUGCCGUACGCCGUGAGCAGCAUGGCUCCUCAGGGCGGUUCGGAGCCGGCCGCCGGGGACCCGGGGAGCCGGCCGUACAGCAACGUGCCGGGGGAGCCGGGCCCCCCCUGGUACUGCAACGAGUACUGCACCCUGAGCAGCUUCCAGCAGCCGGGCGGCGGCCUGGCGGAGCAGCACCGCAGCUUCUGAGCCACACCCCCACACAGCUGCUGUUUCCUAUGAUACAAAGAGUUUUUUUCUGUUCAGUAGGGCCAGAUUGGAGCCUCAUGCAGGCCAGUUUUGGAACACAGGCCUUAUAUUUGACACCGCUUCUUGUUCGUGCUUUGAAAAAAAAGGGAAAAAACCCCCCCCAAAAUGCUCACAAAUGUCAGUGUUGCUUUUGUUGCUGCAGCCACAGGGACUUCCUGACCAGUAUCUGAACAUCUCUGGUAGAAAGAUAAACAUCUUCCCCUUCAGGAGGAAAAAACAAGACUGCUGCAUCUGUGAUGUUUCAUAAUUGUCUGACUGUAUGAAACACUGUUCUGCCUUCUUCGAUAAUCAGCUGGGACGUCUGCAGCACCACCCUCUCAAUAAAACACUUCAGAUUAUGGUUAGUCUAGCUGCUGAUUUCAUAUUAAAGGUAUGUAGUAGAUAAGAAACUGCAUUAUCAUGCAAUAAUUGACAUCGUUUCCUUUAUCUGACAUUCUGUGAGGCAUUUGGAGCUCAAACUGCAUCUAAAAACACCACAGAACAAAUAACAUUUUGUA